AGGAAUGUGAACUGUAUUAUAUGAAUGUUUUGUUUUUAUUAUACGACUCAUCAGAUAUAUUAAAAAGAUGACUGAACCUAAGGCUAAAUGCUAUCCAUCGGCUUCAAGGAAUGAGAAAGAUAUCCUCGAAGUUCUCAAGCAAUUCUUGGGCCGUUCAGACAAGAUCAAAGUCUUUGAAGUUGCAGCAGGAACUGGUCAGCAUGCCAAAGCAUUUGCUUCCCACUUUUCCAGUGCCUCCUGGGAGCCAACUGAAUUUGAUGGAUCCUUAUUAAACGAUAUCAAGCUUCAUUGCAAAAGCAUGAAAAACGUGAAGACACCUCAGAAAGUUGACAUCAGUAAGAAUUUGGAAGACUGGGAAUUUACUCCACAAUAUCUUGCAAAAUAUGAUGUUGGACUGUGUGUCAACAUGAUACAUAUCUCUCCAAUAGAAUGUACACACGGUCUCUUCAAGAACAUGUCCAAGCUGUUAGCAUUUGGUGGACUAUUGUUCACAUAUGGACCAUACGCUGUUGAUGGUGUUAUCAGUCCUCAGAGCAAUGUCGAUUUUCAUAAUUCCCUCAAAUCACGGAAUCCAAAAUGGGGUUUACGGGAUAUCAGAUUUCUGAAAAAAAUCAGCAAAGAGAACGGCUUAAAACUGGAAAUGGUGGUAGAUAUGCCCUCUAAUAACAAGACUUUGGUGUUUCGAAGAUUACCUCCUAGCAGUGAAUCAGAUAAAUUACUUCUAACGUUACCAAAUGGUAAUGGACUGGACUAAGAAGUAUAGUAUUAAUUAUAGAGUGGUGGAAUAAAGAGACAGUAGUAUGGGGACUUGGGGGAGUGGGGAGGAUACAUAUAGUUAUCAUCAUUUCAGCACUGACAUUUAUCUUUAUCUCUAGUGUGUACAGAAUUUUGUGUUUUGUUUUUAUGUGACAAUAUUUUUAUCGAUUUAUUGUUGACCUACAAUCGGUAAAUGACAUUAACUUGCAUCAGCGAUAGUUCAAGUUAAAAGUCUCUCCCCUAAAGUUUGAAUGAAUUCUGUUCUAGAAAUUUAUUUUUAACUGGAUAAGCGAAUCCAUAUUCUAUAUGAUAUAUCUUUUUCAAAUAUAAGUCCGUAGUAAUUUUUUGUGCGUUAUAUUAUUAUUGUGACAGUGGAUGUAUUUUAUAGCUGGUGUUUUAGAGUCUGCACGGAAGGCUAUAUAUUUGAUAGAUAUAAUACGAUAAUCUUUUAGCAUUAACUUAUGUUAGCAUACAAUAUGACAUAUCAUACAAUGUGACAGAACAUAUUUCAGAGCAGAUGGCUUUUUGAUAAAUUUAUCACAGUUUAAUGAAUUCCAUUUUAAACUUUUAGUUUUUAAAGCCUUGCUGUUGACAUGA